CGGAAUAAAUAAGAAAGCUCAAAGCUACAAGAUGAGAAAAACGAGGAAGAAAUUGAGAAAACGAUGGAAGCGAAGUUGUCGCGUGCGGCAAAGAAGCUCACAACGUCACCCAUUCAAGAACUCUCCCAUCUUGCACAGUGCUGCAAUGCCAUCAAUCUCGCUGAGGGCUUCCCGGACUUCCCUGCCCCUCUCCACAUAAAAAACGCUGCCGUUUCCGCAAUCAAUUCUGACUUCAACCAGUACAGGCACGUGCAAGGCAUAUGUGAUCACCUGAGCCAGAUGGUGAAGGAAAUUCAUGGCUUGGACAUCAACCCCUUAACGGACGUUGCUAUUUGCUGUGGUCAAACUGAGGCAUUUGCAGCAGCAAUUUUUGCAACAAUUGAUGCUGGUGAUGAAGUCAUACUGUUUGACCCUUCGUAUGAAACAUAUGAAGGAUGUAUUACCAUGGCUGGGGGAGUCCCAAUACAUGUGCCGCUUGACCCACCUCAGUGGACUCUGGAUCCAAGCAAAUUGCUGAGAUCACUAACGGAGAGAACUAAAGCCAUAGUACUGAACAGUCCUCACAAUCCAACUGGCAAAGUUUUCACAAAAGAAGAACUUGAGACUAUUGCUAGAGCGUGCUGCAGCCAAGAUCAUUUAUCAUGCUUUCUGCAGGUAUAUGAGCAUAUAACAUACGACACCGUGAAACAUAUAUCCCUUGCCACAUUUCCAGGAAUGCAAGAGCGGACUGUUAUAACAUCGUCUUUGUCUAAAACAUUUAGUGUUACAGGCUGGAGGGUUGGAUGGGCAAUUGGACCUGCUUUCCUUGCAUCUGCUAUCAGAAAUAUUCAUAUCAAAGUUACGGACUCGGCACCAGCGCCAUUUCAGGAAGCUGCAUUGACUGCUUUGAGAAGUCCCCCAGAAUACUUUCAAACAUUGAAAAGUGAUUAUCAAUCAAAACGAGACUUUAUUGUCAAGUUGCUUGCUGGAGUAGGUUUCAAGAUACAGUUUAUACCUCAAGGUUCCAUCUUCUUGUUUGCGGAGCUUCCAGAAGAUUGCCUCCUAUCUGAUGUAGAAUUUGUUAAGAAACUAAUACUAGAAGCAGGGGUGGUGGCUGUACCAGGACAAGGAUUUUUUCACGCAAACUUAUCAUCUAAUGGAAUUUCUGAAGGAAGUUGUUCCUACCAGAAGAGAUAUAUAAGAUUUGCAUUUUGUAAGAGCCAUGAAACCUUGGCUGCGGUUUCAGAAAGACUGGGUAACCUUUUGAAUGGUGAAGGCUUCUUGCGCUAAACGAAAUGGCAUCUUACGUAUUGGGGAAAGCUUUGGGAGCAAUUUGUUUAACAUUCUAAAAGAUCAUGAAACAAUUUGUCAAUUUCUUUUCUUUGGUAUUAAUUUGGACGAAGCAUAAAUUAUUAAGUACCAAAUUUUGGAUAUUA